CCGCGCGCCGGGAACCUCACCGGGCGGGCGGGCGCCGCACCCCGGCUUGGCCGCCUGUGCCCCGGGAAGGCCCCCUGCUCGCCACGGGACCAGCAGCAUGAGCAGCGGCUACAGCAGCCUCGAGGAGGACGCGGAGGACUUUUUCUUCACCGCCAGGACCUCCUUCUUCAGGAGAGCGCCUCCGGGCAAGUCCCGUUCGGGUCAGCCGGAUGUGGAGAAAGAGAAGGAAACGCACAAUUACCUCAGCAAGGAGGAAAUCAAAGAGAAAGUUCACAAGUACAAUUCAGCCGUCACAGACAAGUUGAAGAUGACCUUAAAUUCAAAUGGGAUUUACACUGGCUUCAUCAAGGUGCAGAUGGAACUGUACAAACCCUCCCAGGCCCCUCCCAGCCCCGGGAGGCUCCCGCCCAGUGGCGGUGGCUGCGUGAACACGCUUCACAUCAGCAGCACAAACACUGUGGGAGAAGUGAUCGAGGCCCUGCUCAAGAAGUUCCUGGUGACUGAGAGCCCCGCCAAGUUUGCACUUUAUAAGCGGUGUCACAGAGAAGACCAAGUGUAUGCCUGCAAGCUCUCUGACCGCGAGCACCCGCUCUACCUGCGGCUGGUAGCAGGGCCCAGAACCGACUCGCUUAGCUUCGUUCUUCGGGAACAUGAAAUUGGAGAGUGGGAAGCCUUCAGCCUCCCCGAGCUGCAGAACUUCUUGCGCAUCUUGGACAAGGAAGAGGAUGAGCAGCUGCAAGGCCUGAAGCGGCGCUACACAGCCUACAGGCAGAAGCUGGAGGAGGCGCUGGGCGAGGUGUGGAAGCCAGGCUAAGACGGAGGGCUUCCUGCAGGAAAGCACAGCUCGGGACUCAUGAAAGAGCAGCGCCGCCUCUCUCCCCGGGCCCGGCCACGCUAGGGUCUUCCGCUUUUCUCUCUAGACUCAGUUCUCAAAGCCUGGUCACUCAGCAUCCUGCGCCUCACGGAUUGGCCUGGGGACCCCGCAAGCUUGUUUGUUACGGCACGGCGAUGUUACCUCUCGCAGGCUGUGAGCCU